AUGAGUGCACGCCCACCGUACAGGCCCAAGCGAAACCAUUUCAAAAUAGCGGGCGCCAUCGUUGGUGUCGGCCUUUUGAUCGGGGGCGCCAAGUUGUUGGCCUACUGGCAGCUGCAGAUGAAGCCACACCUGGACCGUAUGGCCUAUCUCAAGGCCAACGAACCGGAGGCCGAAGAGCUGACCGACGCCCAGCGCCAGGCCGAGGCAGCCAGCGUGCGCCACCUCACGGCCGACGACAAGCGGCGUCUGCUGGGGCGAGUCGGCCGCACCAUCGACCACCCUCAGAGCUCUGCUCGAGAGGGCAACGCUGGCCAGAACAAGUGA